CUAAGAUCAGGAAAUAAACAUUCUUCGAGAGCUCCGACACGAAGUAGCUACUGAUAACUUGCAAACACCGCGGAGAUAGCAGUGUUUUUGUGGGGGUUUGUUGCUUGAUAAAAUCAUGGCUGCGGACUGGUUAGGCAGCCUGGUGUCCAUCAACUGUGGCCUGACUCUGGGAGUGUAUCAGGGCGAAGUCGCUUCCGUGGACCAGGCUAGUCAGACCAUCUCACUCAGACAGCCUUUCCAUAAUGGGGUCAAGUGUCCUGUCCCUGAGGUCACAUUCAGUGCAAUGGAUAUCAAAGAGCUGAAGGUCCUGGAUAUGGCCACUGGAAGCAGCUACAACAAUAACAACAGCAGCAGCAUCAGCAAGACCAGUUUGGGCCAGAGGGUUGUGACUGACAUCCCUCCCAGCUACUCAGGCCACAGUAGCAGUCAGAUCAGUAGGGGCAGCUGUGUGGUCAACAGCACCCAGGCCUCUACUUCUGCUCCAAUCACCAUCCUCACUCGCAAAGGCCCUCAGGGCGUGUCCGGCGGCAGGGGCUCCGCCCAGGUCACGCCCAAGAAGAACGGCGUGAAGAGCGGCCACGUCGGAGGCCAGAUGAGGCAGCGGGACGACGAGUGUUUCGGCGACGGCGUGGACGAGGGCCUGGACACCGACUUCGACUUUGAGGGGAACCUCGCCCUGUUCGACAAGGCGGCGGUCUUCUCGCAGAUCGACGGCUCGGAUCGCCACGGCAACCAGCGAGCGCGGCCCCGCAGCACGCCAAACGAGCAGACGCAGUCGCGUUACCGCCACGACGAGAACAUCUUGGAGGUCAAGCCGGUGGUGUACCGGCAGAUCAGCGUUCCUGUUCAUGGAGGGAAGGAGUACUGCACCGGUUCAGCAGAGACAGCCUGUCCAGCAAGCAGAUAAUCUUCAUCAGUCAUUCCUGCAGUGACGACAUCCAGAAGACCUUAUUGCCCUGGUCUAUUUUCCAUAGGGGGCACAAGUUGAGGACUUUAGUCCCAAGCAAUGAGGACCUGUAGGACCUUUGCUUUACUGUACUUGGAGAUACUUGCUCAUCAAAAGCUGGCUGUGCUGGAGACCCAAAAAUGUUGUUUUACACAUUGAGUAGUAGAAAUGAAGUUCCUUCUAAUCAUUUUUGGAAUUUUUCCACAAAGAUGGUCUUGGUGUGUGGGGGGCUGGAUGUCAGGAUUUAAACUUAGGUGUGCGCAGUGUUGUGUUGCCAGUAUGAAUCAACACCUAAGCUAUGACGGUUGAUGAGCAACUCAACUUUCCUCUAUUUGUAGGUCCGUAUCUCCUGCAGGCCCCUGGUCAUGAAAGAGAGAGGAGAGAAGGAGAACAAACAACGUCUGUUAGAAGUGGUGGGCUCUGUCUUGGUCCAUCUCCUCUCUGUGUCACAUCUGCUGAAGAGUCAGGUGGAAGGGCAGAAGCACUGAAGGUGACAUGGAAUAUGCUUUCCCUUUGCGUGUUGUUUACAUAACCUGCCCAGACGUGUGCAGGUACAGAGAGGAAGAGAACUCCAAAACUCAGCCUCCCAGGUCUUGCAUGACUUAGUAAAUAUUUAGGUGUUUCCAGGGUUGCUUAGCCAUCGCAGGAGCGAGUUAAAUAACAGGUGUCCAUCACUGCUGGGGUAUGCAGCUGCGUGCAACAGAGAGAGAGAGAGAGAGAGAGAGAGAGAGAGAGAGUACACACACAGACACAUUUCUCUUUGAGUCUCUCACACGUACACACACACACAUAUACACACAAGCUCCUGCACGAAACAUAGGCAUGCCACUGAGCACCUGACAGGUGCAGGCGUGGUCUAUUAGCAAGCAAGACACGCUAUCUUGACACGCCAACUCAUUCUUAAAUCUGAGCUACGUGCCUGAGGCUAGAAGCAGGGCUGCAUACUCUGAACCCUGCAGCUCCUCCACUCCAUUUGGCCACAUCCCACACGGCGGUACUACUCUGUCUGUAAGCCUGAAACUCAGAGCUGAUCGGAUGACUCAAGGGUCUAUUGUACCUGGAUCUGUAAAUGUAUGUCACUAUGCGUGCAUCUAGUGUCAUGCUUUAAGUGCCUGUUUGAGUUUUCAGUACAAUGAAAUCUCUUUCUCAGAGAAGAACAAUAAUGGACUGUUCAGCCAAAAAAAGUUUCGAUGAAAUAGACAAGAGAAAGACACACCCGUAUUUGUGAGGUGAACCUAGCUGGCCAUACAUUAAAUAAAAUAACUCACUAUUAACAAUCAGGGUUAGGGUAGGAAAGUUGGUAAGACGUGGAGAGGUAGUCUUUAGAUGUAUACAUUUCUAUACUCAACUUGAAUAUUGUAGAUUUAAAUAAUAUACAUGCCCACUUUUGCAACUUGUUUCAGAAAUGAAUAUCCCACAGUUUGAUCAGCAUAUGCACAUACAUGCAGCUUCAUUACUCCUUCCCAUUGGACCAAUAGACAUAGAAAUUAAGACUUCAAUGCUUCAUUUUAUAAUAUAAAUGAUGCAUCUGAAAUCAGUCUCUGCACUGUUGUUCAUUUUGGCAACAUUAAUCAAAUGUCAAACCUGUCAAAAGUGUGGGCUAAACAGGAAUAGUUGCCAAACACCUAGGAAUAUUUUCACAGGAAGGUUUCGCUUUAUUGCCAUCCUUACUGUUAGGUCGGAUACAAAAAUCCGAGAGGGCGGAUUAAUGUUGAGGCGCUGUGUAAACUCCCCUCGCCUCGAGCGCCUUGUCUCUACACCUCAGCUUCCUCUGCCUUUUACGAGCCGCUCGCAUGCACACGGCAGAGCCAAGAGAGAGAAACCGGACAGACGAGUCUGUGGCCCGCCAUAGGAGAAAAGAGAAAAAAGUGUGUUGUGUCGCCUCCAGUUCCGAAGCUACCUGUCUUGUGUGAGGACAACUGCUUCUUCUUAUCAUUGCUGCUGACCUCUUACAAGGCCUAAGGCAACAGAUUUUUUUUCUUAUUCUUACCUGGAAUCGCAAAUGGCCAAUUGAGAAUAGUUGAAAACGACGGUCUCAAGGUAGUCCAUCACAGGGAAUUGAGGGCCAGAAUAGGCCUAUAGGCUAGUCCACACAAUUUUGUUACUUGUACUAAAUCCGUUUUCUUAUGUUUUCUUCAUUUUCCAACCUACAUUUUAGUUAGGUUACAUGCUGUUGUGAUUCUACAAUGUCUUAUCCACAUCAAAUCAUUAGCCACUGUUUACAGUGACUGAUCAGCAGGCCUGCAACCCUUUAUUAUUAUAUUAUGUUCCCACGAAUUCAUCCCAAAUUAUCUUACCAUGGCACCCAUCCAUGUUUUCUUGAAGGCAAAUUUACAUCAGUUGAAUUGAGGUGAUAUAAACACUUUGAUGACGUAACCAGUUUACGAUCUUGACUUUCGUCCCAACAAACACAAGUUUAAACAUGAACUGUCAAUUGGCUCAUUCAAUACCAACAGCUCUACGCAAUGGAUGUGAAUCUGAAUGAAUGUUAAUCUCUCAGACCUGCUGUCCAAUUACCUGUCAUGUGAAAUGGAGGAAGAGUUGAUAUUUUUUUGGCCAGGCCUCAGUGGGAUGACAGGAUUGACAUGCCUGAGAACCACCAGCUCAACCAAUGAGAACGAUGGAGAAGGCCUGUUUUCACCAGGCAUCAAUAGCCACCAUAAUGUUGAUUCAAGAUUCAAAGAUUGGCAAGCAUUGUUGAUAUAAGAUUUAAAGAUCCAAUCCAAAAAGCUUUAUUUGGACAUUCUGUAUAAAAAUUGUCAUAAUCUUAUGUCUUAUUUGUAUCUCAAACAGUUGACAGGAUAGCCUAUGUUUCAGAAGUAGCUAGGCUACAUACUAUUUAUGCUGAAUCAGAGCUAGGGAAACAUACAUUACAUAGUGUAUAAUGUUUUUUUCUUUUUUUCAUCAAUAUCAUUAUAAACAUUCACAUUUACUCCAUAUCUCUAUAUCUAUCCAUAUCAGAUCAUAUAAAUGUUUUGAUAAUUGGCCUACCAGUUGUCUACCAGUGAGUCCUGAGAUGAUGUGAGAUUACAUUAGUUAUGUGCGCCAGACAAGGCUGUUGAUCCUGUGGGAUAAUCUAUCUCAGAUUGUCACACACACCAGGAUUUUGGCAUGACACUGAUGUUGCAUUAGCGCAAUUCUCCCAAUGGUACCCAGGUCUUGGCUGACCAACCUGGGGGAUAAUUCAAUUAGAGUCUGGCAACCAAUAUGGUGGAGACUAGAAACUAAAAUGGCUUCCACCAAAACAAAUGUCUGGCUUGAACAGGAGCUGUAGGACAGUAUGUGCUACAGUCCUAGCUGUAGGACAGACACACACACAAACUGCCUGGAUCUGUUGUAAUCUACCUUUCCCUGGUUUGAAGUCAUGUGCUUGUAAAACAUGCUAUGCUGUGUGUGAGUGUGUGGUCAAUGGUCUGCGUGUGCCUGUAGUACGAUUGUGUCAUUAGCAAGCCAUGCAGGAGUGUUUAAGUGGAAAGGUAUAUGUGUGUGUGUGUGUGUAGGCUAUCCACUUGGCCUCCGCGGCCAGCUCAGUGUAAUUGAAUUAUGGCCGAGUGCUGAGCGGCAGGCAUUCAGGGUGUCUCCACCUCCCUGUUCAAACAGCACAAGAGCACUGGCCAGGCCACAGUAAGCCUGGCUGUCAAAGCACGUCAACCCCAGGCCUACCAGGGGGGACACUCUACCGCAAGGACAAGCAUGCUAAUUGCUAACGCGUCAGUGCUUUCC